CUGGCGGGGUGGGGCGGGACGCCAGGUUACUCAGCUGCAGGAGGGGACGAAGCGCGGCAGAAGGCGGGUUCGGGCUUCGCUUCGUUCUGAGGAUUUCCGGGCAUCCGUGCUUGAGCAGCUUUUAGGGUUCGGACGUGCAAAACUUUGGGAUAGGAACCAGACUCCAGACCGGAUGUGUCUCGAACAGAUCCUGCCAGACCCACUUUGGCGUGUUUCAGUCGCUCAGUUCUGUCCAGAGAUGCUGUAGACCUUUCCUGAUUUUGGAGCACCUGAUUUGCCCAGGUGCUCCAGGCUAUGCUGAUUCUACCCUCUGAAGUAUGAGCUGGGUGACAUGGGGACUGAGGGGUGCAUAGGCUAGUGGAACAGACUGAAUAGCGGAGGAAUUACUCCUAUCCUCUUCAGUAGUUUUUACUAACAAGUUGGAAGGUGGGGCUGCUGAUCAAAUCUACGGCUGGCAUAGACUCCAGUGAGCUGCUAGGACCCUAGAAAUGAUCCUGAUAGGUUAGCCAAAGCCACAGAGUGAAAGCUCACAGAGAGAAGUGCAAAGUUCUUCCUCUAGGACACAACAAUCAAACACAGCAAGUAGGUGGGGGAACACCAGGCUCGGUAACAAGACUUGGGGAAAGUUCUUGGCACCGCAGUUGGCUGCCAACUGAAUGUGAGCCAGCAGGGUGACGUGGCUGUGAAGAAGAGGCAAAAGCGGUUGGACUGUAGUAACAGAAACAUAAUUUCCAAUUAUGUAAAGCAGUUGCUUCAUUUACUCUGCUUUGGUUGGAGCCCACCCCUUCCCCUUCCACGCUCAGCAGGGCAAUGAAGACAAUCAGGAGGGUGGAAAUGGAGGUCUGCGGAGAGGAGAGGAGGAGGAGCUGGGCCUGUUCCGCCUUGAAAAAUGAUGCCUGGGGGCGGGGCGGAGAUAUAAUAGUCCUCUUCGGAUACCUUAGAGAGGUCACAGGGAGAAGGUCAAGACCUGUUCUCUUUCUCUUUCAUCCCGGAGCGGGAGAGACAGAGAAACAACAGACGGAUGUCAGAAAAGAAUUCCUAAUGGUGUAAGAACCAUUUGGCUGGAACAACGAGCCAGAAGUGGUGGGUUCCCUUUGCUAGAUGUGCUCCUCCAGCCCAGCUGUUUGGGAUGCUUUAAGAUGGAUUCCUGCCCUGAGCAGGGGUUGGGCUCCGUGGCUACUGGCCCCCCCAAUCUAUUCUGUAACUCCAAGCUAAUCAGAGUGCAAGGGAGCGCUGACAAGCAUGGGCAGGCAGCUCCAGGGGCAAGGCAGAGGAUGGGUCAUGAACGAUCCCUUCCUUGGCUUGCACAGCCCCAGGAGUGAGUCCCUUCCACUGCCUCCAUGAUAUGCUUCUAGCCUGAUCCUGGGCUGUUGGAAGCAACAUGGGUGUAGGUUCCCCUGCAAAACUAAGAGAGACUUGGCCUAGUCCCUUAGCAACACAGAUCUACACCCUGGUCAAGAAGGCCCAACUGACAUGUGGGUGGAGAAGUGGUGGGGGGCUUCCCUGAGCUCCAUUAAGAGGGAGGGAGGGAGGGGGCAUGAGCUGCGUCUGCUCACUCCUCCACUGGUUGAUGCUGCAGCCUGCAGGCCCGACUGAGAUUUCCACUGCCGGGAGGAGCAGACCAGUUCUGUGUCUUGGCAGUGUGGAGGUGGGAGCCCGGGGGUGGGGGCAGCGAAAAUUGGAGCAGGGCUGAGGACUGUCCAUGGGGCAACCGGAGCAUUUGCUGCAGCCUCCUUGGGGGUUUUCUGGUCAGGCUUGGAGUGAUGAGAGCCACACACUCAGGGCCUCGCUUCCACGAGAUGCUCAGCUGGUAACAUCAGACAGCCUGAAUGUGGGGCCAUGGUUUUCAGAGGUGGCCACGUUGGGGCAAGCGGGAGGCCAGAAGCAAGUCUUCUCUUGAGCCAAUGAGCCAGCAGACGGCCACUGUAUUGGGACCUCUGGGUGUUGCUCCGACUCGGAGGGAAACUUUCAGUACAAUGAUUAACCUUGCUGGGAAAAGCAUUUCCUUGUCACUUCUUAGAAUCAGCCAUUAAAACUUUUACAGACCUUCCGAAUGAGAAAAUUGCUUCAACAGCAGCUGUGCUAGCGUCACAGGGCCUUUGUUCACAAGGUUUACGGCCAUCUGUCAGGCCUUUUCUGCCCAGCUCUUAAUCCCCACUAUCAAUCAGCUGGCAAGAGGUUUGCGUGCUUGUUUUGUGAUGAGGGAAGGAUGGGCGCGGCCAAGGUUUCCUGAAUUUAGCAACUUCGAGGCUCAGUUUGGGUUUCAUUUUCUCUUAAUUGCCAUUCCAAUUCUUUGAGACUGCACAGAACAUACAGGGAGCCUGCGCUGGUAGGAAAGCCUCUCUGAUGUGCUCCUCAUAAGGCCUGUGGAAAGCCUCCCACUUGGUCUAUGGCUGUUGGGCACUCCUAGCCUUGCUGGCCAGCCAAGGUGUUGCAGAUCAAGGGUGGCAUUCCCCCACCCUCUGCUAAGUGGAACCAGGAAGGGCAUUCAUGGUUUGCUGUGGCCUCAUGUACCUCGGUGCACUUGGGGGUUAAACACAAGCCCCGCAUCUGCUAAAGAGUUAGGAAGCAUCCUGCCAUGGGAAAAAGGGGUUCUCCUUCCCCCUGUGCCCCCCGUCACUUGGUGGGGAUAGGCUGCUGGGCCAGGCAGUCCUUACCUUUCUUUGGGGGAGCCCCCAGGGGCUCUGGGGUCCCCUUGAUUGCCUGUGGGGGUUCCUGCAGGAGCUCUGGCCCUAAGACAGUGUACUGACCUGGCAUCGCCAGAGCCCGGCAGCAGUUGUGCGCGCAGCCCGCUGGCUUGCACCGUGCUGUGUGUAGCUGUUCUGAUUCCUCAACACCUGACCCAGUUCCUGGUCUUCAAAGUGGGUGCCCAGCGUGCCAACUGGAGUGAGUCACCACUGGAGCAUUUGGGUUGGUGCUCACAGGCCUUGGCUGCCUUCCCCUCUGUCAGCUUGACCAAACCACCUUUUCCAUCUGCGGUGGGCUGGCAUCCCCAGUGGCCGGGGGGGAGUUCAUGGCAAGGGGAAGGAGGCUCGAGGCCCCCCAGGCCUCCUCUUCCCCCUGGGGGAAUGGCAGGGGCAGCUCUUGCUGCUUCCAGGACCACAACUCAAUACCAGCCCCGCUGAGCAAUGGUCUCUGCCAUAAACAUCAAUCCCUGCUCUCUGAGGGGCGCCUCACACCAAGGCUGGCAUCGCUCAGGUCUGAACGGGGUAUCUGGAGCUGCUCUCCCCGCCUGGCAGUUGCGACUGCCUCAGGCCCCUCCCCUGACCCUCCUCCUCCUCCUCCUCUCCAGCUCAAGGCUCAAGCGCAAGGCCACUCGGAGGAGCUGAGGUGCCUCCGGCUGCUCAACAGCCUGCAGGAACUCUCCGAGCUGGAGGACCUGAUGAGCAGCCAGCCGUGCUUCAAGCUGGCACUCAGCCUCAAGGAUUACGUUGCCACGGUUACCGAAAAUGUCAUCCGAAGGGGCACGGCAACGGCAAGGGCCUCCGAGAAGCAGAGGAACCCAAGCCGGCAGUUGGGCGGCAGGCAGCCGGGCAGCCGGCCCUUGGCGCAUCUCACUCUCAGGAGGCCGGGGCCUUCCCAGCCAGGAGGCCUGGGACCAGCAUUCUGGGACCUGCAGCAGUCCUGCCAGCACCCCAUCGCCCACUGGGCCACUGGGACCCUGCACACGCACCUUCAGAACCUCACCUACCAGGAUGGGCAGCUGCAGGUGAGCCAGGCAGGCAAGUACUACGUCUACACCCAGAUCUACUUCCGCUACCCCGCUGAGCAUGCCAGUGCCCGCUCCCUGAGCCACCAGCUGGUGCAGUGCAUCAAUCUCCAGAGGACUUACGGGCAGACCAUCCUCCUGCUGAAGGGCGUGGGCACCAAGUGCUGGACACAGGACGCGGCCUAUGGGCUCCAUGCCCUUUACCAGGGAGGCCUCUUUGACCUCAAAGCUGGCGACAGGCUCUUCGUGUCCGUCUCGUCGCUGGAUGUCAACUACGACGACGAGGCGGGCAGCUAUUUCGGAGCCUUCCGACUCGACGUGUGACGCUGGGGGACUGUUCCCCAUUGGCACUCAGACAGGGAACCCCGGCUUUGGGGCCUCACGGUCCCCCGGGCAGAACCACUGGGGGAUGCCUGUGCCGCAUAUCGCUGUUCCUUCUCCUGUUAGUGGUAGUGACCAAGCAGCCCUCAAAGACAAGGGGCAGGACCGGGGGGGUCUGCAGUCCUCCCGCUGGCAAAGUGAACGAGGCCUUCCGCAGACACAGGGAGGUUGCUGGAGCCCCUUCAGGAAAGCUCUUGGUUGCCGUGAGCCUCCGCUGCGCAUCCUGGGGAGCAGCAGGCGAAAGGGAAGAUGCCCCAUGGUAGCCAUGUCGCCAAAGCAGCCAGAAAGGCAAGGAAGCUGAGCUGGCCCCUGGCCUAUCUGCUUCUGAGCUCUCCUGAGCGUGCUCCAGCGCCUUCUGCUGCGGACCCCUCUUCUGGUUAGCGAUAGGCGACCAUCUUCCCUUCCUUCGCCUGCCCUUUCUUCCACCCCUUCCAGCUGAAGAACGUGGGACUCCUCUUCCAAGUGCCCACGGAGGACCCAGCCAGUUCCUAACUGAGAUGGAUUCCUCGUGUGCAGAGCUAACCACUCGUGCGCCUUACAAGCAAGCUGAGCUGCUCCCGUGGCAGGAGCAAGGCCACAAUACACAGCUUGCUGCUGGGGCAAGAAUGUAGGUCAGCGUGUCGUCUGAGCAAGCAAACCUGCCACGGAGACACAGGCCCGCACCUCCCCAGUGCCUCGUCUGUGCAAGUCUUCUCACUGCACUCGCGCUGGGUGUGACCCUGAAUGGCGUCUGGCAUUUGCACUCAGCACGCCCUAGCCGAAGUUGGCUGACCUGGAGCAACAAGUCCCUGUGCCCACUUGGCGAUGGGGGUGGCAGCCCAACCACACCUCCCGAGCCCUCUUGGGGGAAGACAGCUCUUCGGGCGCUUGGGUCCUUGGGCCACUUUGGUUAGGAAUCUGGCUUUUCUGCUUGUGUGCAAUUCAAUUUCAGCAGGAUUCCCCAGGCUGCAUUCACCCAACAUGAUUAGGGUUAUCUAGGCUAUUUUUUUGUGGCUUAGCAUUUUGCGUGACCCCUACUUGGUCAGCGUACGGUUCAGUGCACUGCAUGCACCUCGACCAGGGAUUAAUUUAAUAAUCAGAUGGUGUUGGGUGGAGGCUGCCAUUAGGACUACUGAAAGGUUGGGGAAGGGCGACCACCGCAAUGAGGUGCUCUGCCGCGCCCAGGGGCACAGCACAGGCAACCUCCUUGAUUUCUAACAGGCACCAGCCCUUGACUCUGUCCCCGGCCACAGGGCCUCUUCCGACUCCUCUCAAAGCCCAGCCCCGACUCCUUCACUCGGCCACAUGUCAUUGUAGUGUGCUGUGUGAACACGGCCCAUCUAGCCAGAAACUAGCACGACCUGAUCCAACCCCACCUGUCUGGGAAGCUGAGUCCACGUGGCUCUUCCGGUUUGGCGAAGGGCAGCUGAGCCUGAAGUCCACUGGGGCCUCUGGAGCCCCGCACUCGGCCAGGCCCUGGGUACUUCCUCCCUUUGCUCUCGCCCGCCUGCCCAAAUCUCCGCCCAGAGGAGGAAGACAUCAUCUCGCCCAAAAGCAGAAGGCAGGCCCCCGUGCAGCUGCUGCCCUUCCUCUGGACAGACCCAAGCCAGGUGGGUGCCCUGGGCCGGGCCGGGCCAAGCCAGCACAUUAUUCCUGCAGGCAGCAGACCGGGAGCAAGACGGGAGAAUCACGGCAGGAGAUUCCCCUAGUUGGCCCGCGAUCAUCCAGCCCCACUUGGGAAGGUGCAGAAAAACAAAUGCCAUAAAAGGAAAAUGAGCAGCCGAACUCUAUUCCCUUCUGCCUGCGUUCACACGGCUGGAGAACGUGCGAAGGGCUUUCUAGUCACAAAGCAGCAAGCCCAGAAUUCAUGGGUUUGGGACACCAAAUAUGGGCCACUUUGAGACCCAAUGAAUAGCUAAGGUCCAGAUCUUCAGCCACUUGUACUGGGGGGAGGGGGGAGGGAAGGCUGCAGCCAAAACUGACCUCCCCAACCCACAUACAGAUCCCCACUUCCUCCCUCCCGUCCGUGGGGUUAGGCAAGAGCGACCCCUAAAGAAGCAACCACUGCCAAUUCAGUUACAUCCUUUCUUUUACUCUGGAGUCGACUCUCCUCCCCAAUGCAGCUCCAAAACAAUUCUAUGAUAAGUCUCUCCUUCCCAAGAGAAGAUUAAUUUCCACAGAUUAUAUAGUGCAAUUGGUUAUCUUGUAGAAAAAAAUAAAACAUGAUUAUCGCUUGCUCCACAUGGAGAAAACUGAAGACAGCUCUGGAUUCUCAGUAAAAAGAGAAGCAAAACUCGAGGGUUCCAUCCAGCCAAGUUCUGUGGGGCGGAGGAAAACCUCCUGGCCCCUCUUAGGCUUCAGUUGAACAAUAUAGAGUCUGGAUCCUGGUUUGCCAUUUGUGCUAUGUGCUUUAAUACAUCCUUUUUGGUAAUAAUUCCUAGCAGCUUCCUGGAAAAAAAAAAGAUAAACACUUGACCUAA